AGUAGCAUUUAGUUAAAAUGAGUUUCGCAAAUAUUUUAAAAGUUUUUUUAGUUUUAAUAAUUUUUAAAAUAAAUUACAUUUAUGCCAGUGGACAAAUGUAUACAUCGGAUGCAAAUAAUAAGUAUUAUAUAGAAUUUGAGGAAAAGUUUAAUUGGAUGGAAAGUCAGGGUGUGUGUUUAAAAAUGAACAUGACUUUAGUGGAAAUUGAUAGUAGUGGCAAAUCCCUAGAACUAAAUACAUUGAUUCAACAUAUUCGUAAAGAAAACAAUUUUAAAAAUGCUACACUCUGGAUUGGUGGCAUUAUGAGUCGUUUUCCGGAAAAACAUUUUGUUUGGCUAACAACGGGUAAGAAAUUUUCCUACAGCAAUUGGUUUGGCGGUAAUCCCAACUUCUUUGGCAAAAAUGAAUUUUGUGCUCAAAUCGUGAUGAAAGAAAAUAUGAAAUGGAACGAUAACAGAUGUCUGAAUAAGUUUGGCUUUGUGUGUGAACAGAAUAAAAUACAACAAUUAGAGGAAAAACAAAAACAAUGGCAACAGGAAAUACAAAUAAUUAAAGAAAGCUUACAACAGGAAACUCAAAAUCACGAUCAAAUGCAACAGAAUCUAGAACAAGAAGUGGAAACAAAAGAAAAACAAUUGCAAAAAGAAAUAGAAAAGCGAGAAAAACUUGAAGAAAAAUUACAAACAGAAACUGCAAAAAGUGCAGACUUGCAAAAGGUCUUGCAAAAAAAGCUAGAUUUGCAACAAGAAUUACAAGAUAAAUUACAGCAGCUAAGAGAGGAUAAACUUAAAAAGCUGGAAAAAUAUGAACAAAAUAUUCAGAAAGAAUUACAAGCUCAGGAAAAUCUACAACAAGAACUCGAAAUACAAAAAGAACUGAAUGAACAACUACGAGAACAAUUGCAAGAACUUAAGGAUAGUAUUUCGAAUAUGCCACAAAUGUACGAAGAAAAUAUUAAAAAAGAAUUAAAAGAACAAGAAAAUUUGAGAAGGCAAAUAAAAACCCCACUACAGUUGCAACAACUAUUUCAGGAACAAUUGAAGCAGUUAAAUAUCAAUAAGGGAUUAGAAAAGAAAUGAUAUCGGAGUUUUCAAAGCGAUAUACUAAAUACUUAAGUUCAAACGUAUUUUUUUUAGAAAUACAAUUAGAAAAUUGUUUAAUUUGUAAUAAAUAGUUAAUAUUGUUUAUUUUAAAAACCAAAUUUCUUUUAUGUCACUAACGUCCUUAUAAAACCUGAUCGAAAAUUUUUCGAAUUAAA